AUGUAUCCCGAGACGUUCGAAGGAUUCUGCGUUCAAUCGCAUAAGAAUUGGUCCGACUUCAAGUCCCUUGAGUUCACACCGAAGCCGUUCGAAGAACAUGAUGUCGAUGUCAGCGUCGAGUGCUGUAGUAUAUGCGGCAGCGACAUCCAUACUCUUACAGGUGGCUGGGGCCCAAAAGGCUUUCCCCUUUGUGUCGGGCACGAGAUCGUUGGCGAAGUGAUCACAGUGGGGGCACUAGUUACGCUGUGCAAGGUCGGGGACAGGGUUGGUGUCGGUGCUCAAGUCCUCUCCUGCUUUGAUUGCAAGGCAUGCAAGACCGGGAAUGAGAACUAUUGCGCAAAACGCAUCGGAACUUACGGAGUCAAGUACAGUGACGGCGUCAUGUCUCAGGGCGGGUUCGCGAGCCACAUUCGUGUACAUGAGCACUACACCGUCCCCAUCCCCGAUGGCCUUCCCUCGUCUGCGGUCGCGCCCCUGAUGUGUGCAGGUGUCAGUGUCUUUGGGCCUUUACGCCGGGCCAACAUUGGCCCAGGAUCGAAGGUCGCGGUGCUUGGCAUUGGCGGGCUUGGACAUCUUGCACUCCAAUUUGCACGCGCGCUCGGUGCUGAAGUAUUCGCCCUAUCACACUCUUCUAAUAAGGAGCAGGACGCAAUAGCAUGCGGUGCACACCAUUUCAUCUUAACCUCGACGGAGAACUGGCACAAGCCUUUGCAGUACGAGUUCGAUUUCAUCAUGAACACUGUCGAUGUCGCACAUACCUUCAACCUGCUAGAGUACUUCUCUACUCUUCGUAUUCACGGCACAUUCCACUUCGUCGGAAUUCCAGAUGCGCCGUUUCCGGAUCUCAAGGCUUUCAAUCUCCUUUUCCUUCGGACAGGUGCAAAUAUCGCUGGCAGCCAUAUUGGCAGCAGAUCGGAGAUGGUCAGCAUGCUGGAAGUGGCGAAAGAGCAUGGCAUCCGAGCUUGGGUUGAAGAGAUUCAAUUGGGAGAGCAGGGGUGUAAAAAGGCAGUGGAAAGGCUCAGCAUCAACGACGCACGCUUUCGAUUCACGCUCGUUGGGUACGAUAGAGCGUUUCCAAAGAGGGUUUCAAAGGCUUCCAUCGAGUAA